AUGGAUCCAGGCAAAUAAUCAAUCAAAAGCAGUAUAAAAGGUGGAAUAUAACCUAAAACAUUUGGUAAUGCAGGAUAAAAUCCUAAUAUGUCUGGUUAAUUGGGUUAAGAAUAGAAACCUAAAUCUAGAUUUGUAUAACCUAAUAUGACUAAUUAUGCACCAAUACCAGCAUCAUAAAAAGUCUCUAUUAAACCAGUAGAUAUGAGUUAAUAAUCAAAUAAAAGAAAUGAAGAUGUUAAUUUAGCUACUUUUCUUGUACCAGAUGGAAUGACUAAAGAAUAAUAUUAAUAAUAAAGUGCUGUUGUUUCUUAAAACUUUUAGAUAGUUGAUUUAUAUCCUGUUUAAAUUAAAGAUAAUGAUAUUAAGGAUGAAUAAGAUACUGCUGCAAGUUAAGAAUAAGAGGAAGUGACUCCUUAUUAAAUAAGUGUUUAUCAUUAUAGAGCUCCAAGAUAAAAUUUUAAUAUUGUUUUGAGUAUUAAAGAUUCUGAUGAUAGAAAUACAAGAAAGGAAGUUAAUUAUUAAGAAACAGAAAUUGGAAAAUUUGGUAAUGCUGCAGUUAAUAUGAUUUAUCGAUAAAAAUUAUUGUACUUACCUUAAAAGUCUAUAAAAUUAGAAUAAUAAUAAGGUAGAGUUUUACCUGUUGCACUUGAAACAUUGCCAUAAUCAUAAGAUAAUUUUAAAAGAAUUUCAAUUAAAUUAUGUGAUCAAGUAUAAGCAAUUUUAUAAUAAAUAAAAGAAAAUACUUCAUAAUUUGAUUAAGUUGUCAAAGAAUUAUCAAAAUAUUCUGUUGUUUCUUAAGUAAAAUAAAUAGUUAUUGAUAAAUCAUAUAAUAAAAUUUUGGAUAGAUUAAAUGUAUUACAAUAAAUAAUGAAUUAAAAUUUAAAUAAAAUAAAUGAACUUAUUUAACUUACUGAAAUUUAAAAUGAGAAAGUUCCUGCAGUAUCUAUGUAAAAUAUGAUUGAUUUUAUCAUAAAAUUGCCAUAAUAAUAAAGCAUUGAAUUUUCAUAACUUAAAUAUGCUUCAUUUUAUACAUGUUAAAUUAUGUGUAAAUAAUUGGAAGUACAAGAAGAAUAAUGUACUAGUUGUUCUUAAUUUGUUAUUCAAUUUAAUUAAGGUGUUGAUGCUGUACAAAUUCUAUAUGAUUUUGCUAAAUUAAAGAUACCAAAAUUAUAUAAUAAAUUGGAUAUAAGUAAUAAUAAAUUAAAUUUAAUUGUGUUACCAUAUUUAGAAUUUAGAUAAAAAAAUGAUUUUAUUCUUUAAGAUAUAUAGAAAGUAUAAUUGAAUUAUAAUUUAUAGUAUUUAAUAAAAAUGCAAGAGAAGAAGUAUUUCAUUAUGAAAACUCUAAUGUAAGAAAUUAUGACCAAAGAAGAAGUGGAAUAAUUAGAUUAAAAUUAUAUCUUAAAUUAAUAUGCAACAUAUAGAAAUCAAAUAAUUAGAAAUCCAAAUAAAUUUAAUUAUGAAAUUCUUAAAAAAAGACCACUUUUCAUUUUAUAAUAAAUUAAAUUGUAACAAUUCUUAUGAAUUAGACUCUUUCAUGCUUAAUUAUAAAUUGAAGAUUUAUUUUAUAAAAUCUAAAAUUUGUAAAAUGUAUAUGAUACCUAUGUUCAAUUUCCAAAUUUAGAAUAACAAUUAAGACAAGUUUAAUUGAAUAAGAUGAAAAUCUAAAAAUAAACAUUAGAGACAGAUGAUUAAGAAGUAUUUAGAGAUAAAGUAGUUGAAUUAAAGUAAAAAAUGAUAGAGUUAAAUUAGACAAGAUAUGGAUAUUUUGUUUAAAUUUCAAAAUAUGUUUCCUAGUGAAGUUGAAGGUCUUCCAUAUGGAUUUAUUCGUAUUAAAGAUUGGAUAGAUUGUGAAAUUGGAUCUGGAUUAACUUUAUUAAGAAUAUUAAAUAGCAAAUUACAUUCAAUAGAUAUAUUAGAAAAUUAAAUUAGUGAAGCUGAAGGUUUAUAAUUAAUUGAAAAAAGUAAAAAACUAAUUUCAUAAAUUUUAAAAUUAAUUGAUUAAGAAAUUCCAUUAUAAUAUUAUGAUUCUAAAUUAAAAUUACCAACUGAAAUAUAGAAUGCAGUCAUAGAAAUUACAAAUAAAUAUUUCUUAGAUGAUGAAACUAAAUAAACUCCUUAAAAAACUCCUUUAUAAUUACCACUUGCUACACCAAAUGCAUAAAUCAAUUUAUAAGAAUAAUGUAGUAAAGUACUUGAAAGAUUGUCUAAAGCAAGAGAAAGUAUUUUGAUUAAAAAAUAAAUAAUAUAAGAAAUAAGUUCUUAAUAUACAUCACUUAAUGAUUAUUGCUUUAAAUAUCAAAUUUGGGAACAUAUCAAUGCAACUAGAUAUUUAAUGACUUCAUAAAUGUUUUAUGAUAUUAUUUCUACAAUAAUUAGUGUAGAACCAUAAAGAUUUACACUUGAUGGUAUUAUUAAAAAAAUUAGAGAUCAUAUGAUAUAUUUUGAAAUGAAUUAAAAUGUUUAAACUAGCAUUUAUUUUAAAGUACAUUUAAAAGAUGGUCUAUAAUUAUUAUAAUUAUUUAAAGAUAGUUAAGAUGAAUAUAGUAGAUUAUUAAUAGCUAAUUCAAAAAAACCAGGAUCUGUAUCAAUUGAUUCAUUAGUAAAUUCUUUAACUAAUAAUGUUAAUAAUUUUCUUAAAAUUAAGACUUGCACAUUAACAUAAUAAAAAGAUGCUAUUUUAAGAGCUAUGCCUAUGUAUAUUGGCAUGAUAAAAGAGUAAUUUGAGGAUUCAUCUAAAGCUGCUGAACUUGAUUAAAAAUUUUCUGAAGCUGAAACAGUACUUGCUGAAACAGAUACAUUUUUUGAAAAAGGAGAAAAUAAAUUAGGAAAAAUCUAUGAAUUAGGAGUUGAAGCAGUAGGUUAAGAAAAAACAAAAAAAACAAUGUCUCUUGAAUAAUUUAGAAUGAGUUUAGGUUUUGAUUCAUAAAUUUAAAUUUUGAAAGAUAAAGCAGAAGUUGCACAUAAUUAAUUCUUAAUGUAAUUAAUUAUUUAAUUCAUUUUUAUAGGUAUAAAGAAAAGUUAUCUUUAAAUAGUCUUCCAAUCUAUAAAAAUAAAUUAGAACAAAAAUUAAAAGAAUUUGAAUCUUUAAAUCAAACAAUUCUAAUGUUUGAUAAAACUAUUACUUCAAUUUAUUAUAGUUCAAUUGAUUUCUUAGAUGCUUUAACUGAAUUAUAAUAAAAAAUUGAGAAUAUGCUUUCCUUAGCUAAUUCUUCUUUUAUUUUAGAAGGAUUGAAUAAAUAAUUGAAAUAAUAAUAAGACACUUAUGGAGAAGUUAAAAAAAUUUAAUCAGGAAUUAAAUUACAUCCUUCUAUAGAACCAAUUGUUUUGACUACCUAAGAAAUUUAAGCAAAUUUAAUAGAAAUGCUCUCAAAUAUGAUCUAAAUUAUAACAGCAUUUGUUGAAAUAUAUGAUGGUUUCAUGUUGUUUUAAGAUUAAAUCAAUUUAUUAAGUGAAGAAUUCUUUUAAACUGUUUAUAGAUGGUUAACAUUUUAUGAAGGAAAACCUUCUGAUAGAAAAUUAAUUUAUAUUGAAGCACUUGCAAAAAUAGAUGUAGCAAUUGAAAAAAUUGGAAAAUUCCCAAUUCUAAGAGUUCCUUGUACUAAAAUUUAUUAGACAUUAAAAAAAGUUGUUGAAACAUAUUAAAGAGAUGUUAACACUGAAGUUAUGAAAAUGCUAUCAGAAUUUGGAUAAACAUAUUAAACUAAAGGAAAUAAAGUUUAAAGUUUCUAAGAAUUCUAAAAUGAAUUAACUUAUUUAUUAACACCUGAAAAUUCUAAAGAAGCCACUCGAAAAGCAUUAUAAGCAUUUUUUGAAAAAAAUAAAAAAGCAGAAUAACCAUUAUCAAGAAUGUCUUAAUUUGUUAAAGCAACAUAAACUAUUUCAAAGGAUGAAAGAUUAAAAUCUAUGAAAAGAUUAAAAAAACUAUAGAAUCCAGAUGAAAUUCAGACAUAAAUGGGUGGUGGAUAGAUGGAUUAGUGGAUAUCCUCUUGUAAAAAUAUGACAAAUGCUUUAGACAUGUAUUUUAAAAAUGUAAAUGACAAUCAACUAUAACCUUUGGUUAAUUAUACAUGUAAAAAUUAUAAUAAUAUAAUAUAGAAAAAAUUGAAGAUUCUGCUAAGGGAAUGAGUAAUUAAGAUUUAAAGAAAUUUAUUGGAAGAUUUUUAGAAAUGCUUAAGAUAGAUUAUAAUCUCAGUAAAUUUUAAUGA